CGCAGGGCAGAGGCGGCCGCGAAAAGAACGUCCGCUCGCCACUCUUCGCUGUUUUUCGCAUUUUAUCCCCUCUCUGCGCUUCCCCUUCUCUCUUCGAGCCUUGCCAUGGAUCCUGGCGAGGACGGGAAAGUGUCCCUGGAGGGCGCCGCCGCCGCCUUCGCCGCCGUCGCCAGCGCCCCCUGCGCCCUCCUGGCCGCAGCCUCUCACGCCGCCGACGCUGUUGCGCUCCCGCCGGAGGUGGCCGCCGGGUCCGCCCAGAGAGGCGCGGGCGGCCCGCUGGCGGCCACCGUGUCGCUUCCCGCCGCGGCGGUGGCGCCCCUACAGCCCGAGGCCGACCCUGAGUUCCACUGGGGGCGCCGCCAGAUCCUGUCCCUUAUCGCCAAGGUCGAGGACUUCUUCGAGGACUUCUACGACGGCACCAAGAAGAAGAAGAUGAUCUGGAAGGCCGUCGCAGAGAGGAUGCGCAGGGAGGGCCACAACUGCACGGGCGCCGAGUGCGACAAGAAGUGGAGGAACCUGAAGGGAACGUACGUCAAGGUCCUUCAGAAGCAGAUUCACGGCGACACGAGCUACCGCUUCGAGUAUUUCGACGCCCUGCACCAUAUACUCGGGAAGGAGAUCGACCCCCUAGGAAUGAGGGAGCAGGCAAUGUCCCGCGGCCCGGAGGAGGAAAUGCAAGGGACCUCUGACUAUCAUGAGAUCACGGUGGAUGGGAACUUCGUGUGGACGGAGGCCGCGGUGCACCUGCUGCUGGACCUCGUUCUGGAGCACAGAGGCCUGCUGAUGGCCGCCGCCGACUACGCAGACGAGCCGUGGGAGGAAAUCGCUCACCAGAUGGGGGAGGAGUGCCAGGAGGUGCAGGGGAGCCAGUGCCAGCGCAAGUGGCUCAACCUCCAGGAAGGAUUUCGCUUCCACCAGGCGGAGGCGGAGGUGACGGCGUCGGUCCCGCUGUGGCCUUACUUCACGCGCGUCAGGCACGUCAUGAUGUCGCUCAGUAUUCCGACCACUCAGGCGCCUGUGGACCGGAAGCCCAUCCUCGGCCUCGGCAGCACGGCGGAGACCCCGAGCAGGAAGCCCCGAGGAGCAGUCCUGGGCGGAGGCCUGGGCUUGCGCACGCCCUCGUCCUCGUCGUCGGCGGGAGCGGGCGGCGCGGCGCGGAGGGGCCGGGGACUGGCGGGGCGCGUGCGGCAGUUGGAGGGCCACACGAGCCUCAGCCGCCGCCUCGACCACCUGGAGGCGCGCGUGGAGACGUCGCGGCUGCAGCGCGAGGCCUACAAGCAGACAAACUCCAUUCUGACGAAGGUCCUGGCGGAGCUUAGGAGGAUCAACGGCAUCCUGGAGGAGCAGCAGGAGCAGCGCUUCCAGCCCAGCCACCACAUCCACGCCGGAGGCGGCCAGCGGCAGCAGCACCACGACCAGGAGCCGGGCAGCCCCAACCAGGGUAUCAUCAUCGUCGAGGCCUACGACCAGCUCUAGGAACGACCACGCGCGUACAAACACGGACGCUCACACACACACAUACACAUACGCAUAGAGGUGGCAUAUCUUAGUGGUGGAGCGCUGGCUUUGGAGACGCAAGUUCCUGGGUUCGCGCCCGGUCGCCCCUCUCAAUCCUCUCGGCUGUGAGUGAGUGCUGGCAUGCUGACUCUAGCAUGCUGGGUCAAAGUAGGGGCAGAAAGGAAUAAGUGACCCCACCGCAUCACGCCGCUGUUUAAUACGCAUGUUCCGCUCCGGACACGCCCCCUGUCCUCUCGGAUAUGGAACCAACUUUGACUUUGGUAAUGUGAAUACACACA